ACAAAACCGCGUACGAGCUUUUAGACCCCUUUUGAUUUCUUCAUCCCCGAUCUUAACCCACAUAUAUCACAUAAUGGCUAGAACUCGCUCCGCUAUCCCAGGUACCCCCGUCAAGGGCUCCAAGCCAAACACCCCCAAGGGUAAGAAGGCUGCUCCGUCCGCCGAAGUCACUCCAUCUAAGACUGAGUCUGCCAACUCCACUCCGGUCAAGAAGGUCACCCCAGCCAAGAAAAAUGGUUCUGCUAAGUCUACUCCAGUUAGAAAGACUUCUACCAAGCCAAAGGGUAAGGUCGUUAAGGGUGAAAUCGAGGCUUCUGAGGAAGUUCCAGGUGCUCAAAAGAAGAAGCAGGUCGCUACCCCAGUUAUCGCAGCUGCCCCAGUUGACAUCAAGUCUGAAGUUUUGGAAACCGCCAUCUCUGAAUUGAUUAAGUUUGUCAAGACCCAAAAUACCGCUAAAGACUCCUCCAACCAGUUGUUCAGCACCGAAGACGAGGAUGCCGGUAUCUUUGUCAAGAUCACCACCAAGAAGUUCUUCAGCGACAAACCAAACUUCAAGCCAAAGUCUAUCAGGGUGCCACACUCCGUUCAUGACUUGGAUAAUUUAUCUGUCUGUUUGUUUGUUAGGGACGACUUGAUUGACUCUUCCCUUUUGGAAAAGAUUGAGUCUUCCGACAUCAAGAACUUGUCCAAGAUCAUCACCGGUAAGCAGUUGAAGGGUGAAUACAAGCAAUACGAAGCCAAGAGAAAAUUGGCCUCUGAGUAUGACUUGUUCCUUGUCGAUGACGCCUUGAUGAACUCUGUUCCAAAAACCUUGGGUAGCAUCUUCUACUCCUCUAAUAAAAAGGCCCCUCUCCCAAUCAAGGUCUCUUCCCUGAACAAAUUGAGUGACGACAAGAAGUCUUUCUCUCUUGUCACCUUCGCCAACCAGAUCGCCGCCAAAAUUAAUAGUACCUCUUUCUUGCCACCAAUGGGUGUCAACAUUGUCGUCAAGAUCGGCCAGAGAACCUUGUUGGAUGAAGCUGCCUUGAAAGAAAACUUGUACGCUGUAUUGGCCUACUUCUUCCAAAACCACUCUGACAAUUUGAGAACCAUCGAGAUCAAGUCUGAAUCCUCCCCAGCCAUCCCUAUCUACUACGCCAAGACCUUGUACUCUGAAGAGGAUGUUUUGGCCGAGAAGACCGUGUCCGAAGACGAGGAGCUUAGCGCCAUCGAUGGCGUUCCACAGGGUGUCAAGUUGACCGAAUUCGAAAAGGGGUUGUUGGAAUUAGGUGACGAAGCCCAGAUUUCCAAGUUGGGAAAGAAGUUCAAGAAGGGUACCAAGUUGAACAACAAAAGACAGAGAGUCGAAGAGGAGAAGGCCGAAACUCUGACUCCUACCAAGAAGGCUAAGAAGUCCACUAAAUAAGUGUAAUGUUCUGCACUCUACCCCUUUUUCGACUUUCUGCUUCCACGUUGUAUUUCCCUGUUAGAGACAACCUUGUGCCAUCUCUGAUAUUCCUUAUCGUGCUGCCUUGCUCGUGUUGUGAUUUUACCAUAAAAAUUGCGUUUUGCAUAUAUUUUGUAUAAUAUUCCUUUUUGAAUUGACAUUCUUU